AUGUCAACUAUCCAGAACUUAAACGCAUUUGAUCCAUUCGCCGACACUGGUGAUUCAGAAGCCCAGCCCACUAACUACAUCCAUAUCCGUAUUCAACAAAGAAACGGCAGGAAAACUUUAACCACGGUUCAAGGUGUUCCUCAAGAGUAUGACUUGAAGAAGAUUUUGAAGGUGUUGAAGAAGGAUUUUGCUUGUAACGGCAACAUUGUUAAAGAUGACGAUUUAGGCGAGGUUAUCCAGUUGCAAGGUGACCAAAGAACCAAAGUAUCUGAGUUUUUGACCACCCAGUUGCAAUUACCAAAGAAAAACAUCAAGAUCCACGGUUUUUAA